CUUCUCAAUGCGCUACGCUUCGUUCAAUCAUUCUCAAUCCCUCCAUCUAUCGCUCGCUUGCUUUUUGGCCCAGUCAACAUUCAACAAAUCCUGGACUUACGAAGGCUCCCAAAUGCAUGUUUGUUAUUGAGCCGAGCACCAACACAACCGGAUUUCUCUACGGCCACUGACGUCUGUGCUCAUCACCGUUGAUCGGCCAUUCAAAACACGCCGUCACCAAAUCAUCCUCCACCUCGACACUGAGCCUCUCGCUCUUCCACGUGCCUCAAUCCUGCUCUCGACCACCUCCUCAACCAUCUCUAGACCGCCUCUCCGGGCCUUGGAUUUCCUUCGACCCUUGUCUGCGACACGUUGCAUCUUGCAACGCUGUCUUGCCUUCUCUCCUGCCCUGCCGCAUGCCCCCUUCCACCCCCCGUCGACCACUCUAAGCGAAUCGUCGCCACACGCCUGCAAUACCCUUACCUCUCGACGGCUUGCCAAAUGUCCUCCCCAUGUCAAAUAGCGCUCCCGCCGGAAGACCGUCCGCGCAAGCCUCGACGGUAAAUGGACGUGCCCUCCGCCACGACUCCGGUCUCCCUUCAACCUCUGCCAGUCCCUCGUCGAGCUCGAAACCUAUACCCAUCUCACGGGGGACAAAAGGGAAGUCCACCUACAAUAAUGGCAGAAGCCCGCCAUACAAGAUCUCUAGGGCAGUCACCUUUGACGAACAGACGCCGCCGUUAUCAGAAAGAGACAGCAUAUUCGCCGACCAUUAUGUAUCACACCAGAGCGUGCCUUCCUCUCCAGCUGAAGAAUUGACAAGAUCCUCCUUGCCUUCUACACCACGGAAGGUGCCUUUCAACAUGUCGACAAUGGUUGCCCGCGCCGUCUCUCCUCCAGAAACCUCCAAGACCGCCCGUCCUCAAUCUCCCCGGAAUAUCGAAUGGCUUCAAAGGACCAAUUCCCCCACCGAAAAAGAUCUCCACCCUCCGACCACUCGGCCAUCCUCAGGAACCUUCCAGGGGCUGCGAAGACUUCCGUCAGAUGGAAAUCCAUGGACCAAGAAAUUUCAUGUCAGUGUUGAGCCUAUGGAGGGGCGCACUUCUAGGAGUGAGGAGAUCAGGAGCAAUUCUCAUGAGCAGUCUGGAUCUCAGGAAACAUCAAUCCACAAUUCUGUUGAGAGGGGAGGUUCUAUGAGGUCAGCCAUGAAAGACACAUCGCGCACUGAGCGCAGCGUCAGUCGUGGCCGACAACAUGUGGACAAAAGCAUUGAGGCUACUGUCAAGAAUCCAGAGACUAGUGGGACCGCUCGUAGCAGAAAGGCAAGCCAUAUGAUGGGCAUCUUUGAUCCUCGCUCUGAUUCUGAGCGUCCCUCGCCCACCCUCGGCGACUUAGGGCGUCAGGUGACGGAGAGUAGGGAGCAUUCAAAGUCUACCUCUCGGCCUACAACCCCUGCCGCCGCUCAAGACUUUGCCAACGCGAGGUAUGUACGGCGGGACUCGAAAGGGUACUUCGAUGCUGCCAAUCUAGGACUUCUUGAGAAAGGUUCUCGACUGGGACCCCCCGCUUCAAACGCGGCCGCAUCAACCCACCAUGACCAUGAUCCAUACUUUCGACAGCAGGACUUGGCCCAACAGCCUCAUGUACCCUCGAAUUUGCUCGAGGAGAUUCGGGGAGCCUACAGACGAAAGAAAACAAACGAGACGCCCAAGCUGGCACAAACAGACGUAUCGCUUAAAGACCUCGCUGUUAAGCCUCCAAGUUCUGGUGAGGAUGAAGAAGAGCAUAUUUCUGCAGCUGUCUAUUAUCCUCACCCAGGCCCAUCACCGGAGGAGAUCGAGCGCUUCACCUCUCCGGACGAAGUCGCCGCCCGUAACAAAGCUGCAGCGAGGUCUCCACGUUUAGACACAAGUAUGACUACUGACAAGAUAGUUGAGGUUCCUCGAGGAACCGAACAUAUCGACAUCUCGGUAGUCUCAAAAAAUGACACCAAGAUCUUUCAUGGAAACUAUCGGCCUAUAGAGGAGGGUAAAUUAGAUCUUCCUUCUCCGACGCUCUCACCAGUCGAAGAAACUCCCACCAGUGCCAUUACCAGUGCUUCGGAAUCCGAACUCGAAUCUGGAGACGAAUAUGCGACUGCCAGUCAGACAGAGGACAUCUCCACCACGCCUACGCAACAAAGCACUUUGUCAAGAAAGGCAAGCGAUGCUCGCGUACCUCAUACGAGAGCCAAAGUCGUACUUGAGCCCUAUAAGCAUCAAGUUGGCGGCCACUCGACCAUCUUUCGGUUCUCUCGUCGUGCUGUCUGCAAGCAAUUGAACAACCGAGAGAACGAGUUUUACGAAAGAAUUGAACACAGGCACCCCGAUAUGCUCAAAUUUCUUCCUAGGUAUAUCGGUGUGCUGAAUGUCACAUUCUCCAAAGGCCCUAAACAAAGCACAACCACGGAAUCCUCAACCGAUGACAAAUCGGGAGCUAAUGGCCCUGAGUUGAGCACUACUGCAGAAAACCGAGGACAUACGGGGCAAUUAGCUACAGAGGCGAUCAAAGAAAUUACCCAGCCACGUAUUGUCAGCCACUCGCAACAAAUUGGUAGCAUUCCCCAGGUGAUCCUCGAACAGAAUAAGCAUAUUAUCCCUUCAGACUACUUUUUGUUGCCGGAACGACCUAGGAGCGCCGACCCUAACCAUGGGCGACGCCCGAGCAAAGACUUUGACAUUUCAGAUUCGCCAUUGCAUAAGAAUGGAUCCCUCAUUAGAUCCCCAAGCAGGCCAUCCAUGCCAGAACACUCCCCCAGUUGGGGCAACACAUCCGUCAAUGAAGGACUCAAGGACAAGAUACUUCGGGAAGUUUUUGGGCCACCUCCCAUUCAGUACCUUCGUCGUCAUCCAGCCGCCCACAGUACUAUGCCGAGGCUUAAAGGUGACCACGGUAGUCGUCGCAGAAGCAAUCUUUCAGUCAGUUCAUUGCCUCAACAGAACGGACAAAGUUCUGAAGGGCAUCCACGACGACCUCUUCCGGAGGUGACCAUAAAGACUCCCCCAUUACUAACACCAUCUCACACCAGAUCCAGUGUGACUAGCCAAAGUACAGAGGGUAUGUAUUCGUCUUCGGCAUCCGCAUACGACGAGUACAAGCUUGAAAAGGUCAAAACUACCGGCAGCGAUCUCUCUGCUGCUUCUAGUGGAGACAUCAGGGCUCCUCAUGUAAAAAGACGGCACUCUGGUAUGGGUUUGCGAAGAAGGCGGAAGUCGGUCAACGACAAUAUCACCAAUUUGGAGUAUUUCGAGGACGAAGCUUACUCGACAGAUAUCGGCCCAGAUACCGGAAACGAUGUGUUUAGUAUGGAUCAAGAACUGAAAGCCGGUACAUUCAAGGAACGUAAGAAUUCUCGGAAUGCCGGCCAUCAGAAUGGCUUCGACUAUUCUGAUGAGACAAGCGAUCAGGCCGGUGGCCUCAACAACAUCCCAGAACAGGUCGAAACCAACAUAGUUCCGUCCAAUCCCAAAGAAGCACAGUCGUCAAAUUCAGGUGAUCGGGUGGCGUAUUUCAUCCUUUUGGAAGAUUUAACCAGUGGUAUGGGUCGUCCCUGUGUGCUGGAUCUCAAGAUGGGAACUAGACAAUUCGGCGUUGAAGCCACCAAGAAGAAGAUGGAGUCUCAGCGCCGCAAGUGCAAGAUGACAACCUCGCAACAGCUCGGUGUCAGAAUCUGUGGAAUGCAGACGUUUGAUGCAAAGACACAAAAGGCAACUUACGAAGACAAAUACUAUGGCCGUGAUCUCAAGGCUGGGCGCGAGUUUCGAGAAGCACUCACACGAUUCCUGUACGAUGGAAUUAGCUAUGGCAGUGUGGCACGACAUAUCCCAACCAUUCUGCACAAACUUUCCAAGCUCGAAAGCAUGGUCAGAAGGCUUCCUGGAUACCGGUUCUAUGCAAGCUCGCUUCUCAUGCUGUACGAUGCCGAGCCUCAUAAGUCCCGCGAAGCUGAAGAAGCGACCAGAAAUGGCAUCGACAUUGUACAGCUGAAGAAACGAGAAGGCAAGAAAUGGCCUCCACCGAUCGAUAUCAAGAUUGUGGAUUUUGCCAAUUGCGUUACUGGUGAGGAUGAAUUACCGCCCAAUGCUCAGGCGCCACCAGCUCAUCCACAUGACAUUGAUCGCGGCUACCUGCGAGGGCUGAGGACUCUGAAAGCUUACUUUGAACGAAUUCUCAGUGACAUCAAGAACCAUGAUGUCAAAGAGACUAGUGGCAGGGAGGAAUUGACAACUGACACGAAUGAGUUUACGAAAGAACUCUCUACUUCGAGCGCCGAGGUGGCCGACGAAGAGGGCGAGGUCAGUGUAUAGGUGGAUUACCUUUGCAGGCUGGGAUAGAGUUGGCUGGAGCAAUCCAGGACAAUUGUUACGAAAAUCAGAGCUUAGCGAGCAGUAUGGAGUUUGUGAUUUUUGAUACAACAUGUACUCAUGAAGAAUUGAUAUUCCUAAGGCUUGCAUGCACUGAGAUUUAGGACAUCUACAUUCAUCACGCUCUGAAUAUUCGAUUGGGUGGUCAGGGUUCUAGGUGCUACAAUAGGAGGUGGUGGUGAUGGCUGGGGUUACGGGGCAGUUCUGAGCCUCCAUUAUCACUUGUCUUAGUCUAUAUUAGUAGUUGAGGUGUAUGUACGGAGUACAUAGUAGGCAUAAUGGAG